AUGAGAAUUGAGGAAGAAUACCGGGAUAUGGAGGCUGAAGAACAAGCGGGAUUUAGAGCUGGUAGAUCCACGGUCGACUAUUUAUUUACACUAACACAGAUAAUUGAGAAAAAGAUGGCAAGAAAUCAAGAAAUACAUCUCCUCUACGUAGACCUCAAGAAAGCAUAUGAUAGUGCCGUCCAAGAACUUUAUAAGAACAACACUAGCCAAGUAAAGAAAGGACAAACAGUAUCAAAGGGAUUCAGCAUAAACAUAGGUCUUAAACAGGGCUGCUGUCUAUCGUCCACACUGUUUAAAAUCUAUUUGGAACAAGCUCUGAAAACGUGGAGAAGGAAGUGUGAACAGAUGGGGAUACCAUUAAACGACUCGAUACUUUACACUCUUUGUUUCGCUGAUGAUCAAAUAAUACUAGCUCAAGACUACGGGGACCUGGAAUAUAUGACCCGCAAACUAAUUGAAGAGUAUAACAAGUGGGGGCUGGAGGUAAACCUUAAGAAGACGGAAUAUAUGUGUAUCGGCGGCGAACAACAGAACAUAAUCCUAGAACAGCAACAGCAAGAAAUAAACAAUGCUAAAAAUAUAAAUAUCUUGGCAUGCCAACGAUGUUAUGGUAGUGAAGUAUGGCCUUUGAAAGAAAGAAACCUUAAGUUACUCGAAGCUACAGAAAUGGACUUUAGGAGGCGCGCGGCCGGAAAAUCGAAACUGGAUAGUGUUAGAAAUGAAAGAAUUCAGAACAUCAUGGGCGUUAAACAACGAAUAUCAGAAGACAUCAAAAUUAACCAACUCAGGUGGUACGGGCACGUACAAAGAAUGGAAGAGAACAGAAUCCCGAAAAAAAUACUCAAUUGGACACCACAAGGCAAACGCAAGAGAGGGAGACCUAGACGGAGUUGGAGAGAAAGAAUAGACGGGGACAUCAGAACAAGAGGAAUAGACGAAAACCUCUGGAUAGACAGAGACCAAUGGAGACUGGAAAUCAGAAGACGUCGAGAACGUUAUAAACUGAUUUGUAUAUAUAUGUACAGUAUCCCUACUUGCACAGAAUAA